AUGGAUAACAACGAUGUGUCUUUAGUUGAAGAUACUCAUCACAAGUCACCGUCAAUUCAACAGACGGCCAGAACGUCUCACACAACUUCAGAGCUCGUUCACUCUCAUACGGUGAACCUUUCCAUGCAGCCCGGCGGGACUACUCAUCCUCUUGGUUCCCUUAUUCACCCAACUCCUACUCCUUCACCUCCUCCUUUAUCUAUACAACAAUCGCAAGCUCAGCAACCAAUAAAGUUUGUAUUUGAAAGGUUUUCUUCGGGUGUAAAUACUCCCCCUUCCAUGAACACUCCUAUACCUUCCCCAAGACCGGUAAAUAGGUUAGACGAAGACGCGACUCCUGAUGUAAUGGAUGUCCGCAGAACACAUAAAACUCAACUAACCAUCAAUACGACUCAAAGUACUGAUUUUGCUAAAAAGAACCGUAAUAAACGAAAACACCGCUCAUAUAGAACUUCCUUAGAUUCUCCCAUUUCACUUAACAGAGACGAAGAUUCAAAGUCCGACUCAGAUUACGGGGAUCCCAUGAUAACCGAAUACACCACAAGAAGUGAGGCAUGUUCG